CUUCUCUACCACCAUUCGCAUUCACAAUUCACUUUCAAAUCAAGUCUCUUCUUCUUCAACCUUCAAAAAUGGCGUGUCUCCGUUUCUCUCUUCUUCUCCCUCUCUUUUUUUCUUCCAUUCUCUUAUUGAAUCGCUCUGUGAAAUGCGACAACGAUGAGGAAGAUGUGCUUUUUCAGGGAGUCAACAAGUACCGUGCAUCAUUAAACUUGACUUCUCUAACAAAGAACGAUAAUGCUAAUUGCUUUGCUGAAGAGUUAGCGGACCAGUUCAAGAGUCAACCUUGUACAAAUACCACAGGUGCCAACACAGUGCCAGGUACUGAACCUAACCUCACCAACUAUCCCGACCUUUUAGCUAAAUGCCACCUAAAUAUUUCUGACACAAGGGAUGGAUCUAUAAUGCCUGCUUGUGUUCCUGGCCUUGUUCCGAGCAUUGUCCUCUCUAAUUUCACACAAUCUCUCUACUCACAAAGUCUCAAUGACUCAAAGUAUACUGGAAUUGGUAUUGGUUCAGAAGAUAAUUGGAUUGUUGUUAUUCUGACCACAAACACUCCUGGUGGAAGCUUUGUUCCCGAGACUUCUAAUGGUGCCAAUUUUAUCAGCAAUAUUGGACUGGUUUUCUCCUCAAUCCUCUUGUUAGCUGUUAGCAUUAUCCUGUUUUGAGCAACAUGAUACUGUUUGCUAUUCUCAUUUUAUCCAGGACUGUUAGUAAUGUCACAAUAUAGAUCUUACUAUCAGUAUGGGAAAAGUGCAAAUAAUGAAUGCUAUUGAUUUUCAGUAAAGCAUAGAGAGAUUGUAGAAUAAUUGUUUCUUUGAUAUUGGCAAGUGUCUGUGAAAUGCCAGAGUAGAAUAGGACUACAGGAGGAAGUGAAGUUUUUUUUUUCACCAGGGUUGUUAUCGUACUGGUAUGGCAAUCAUAAACAAAACUCUUUUGUUUCAAAGCUUUAAAUUGAAACUUAUUGCUUAUUUGAUGUUGA